CUACUUCCGCCGAAGCGGUGGCGGGAGAAUUCGACGGCGAAGAGGAUCUUGAAGGGAAGCCGCCCGCAGGCCGCAAUGGCGGGAGGAGGUCGCGCAGGGCCCAGGAGGGCUCGCUCCGCUGGGGAGGCCAGGGCAGGUGCUGUUAAUGCUGAUGCUGCUUCUCCCUCGCGGCGGCGCCGGUCGGAGAGGAUCGCGUCGCCCUCGGCUCAGCCCGUGUCGCAGGGGAAGCCGAGCCCGGUGGCGAGCAAAGUGCCAGGCGGCAAACUGACAUCUGGACCAUUUGCAAUGCGGCCGGUCACUGUGAAAAAGAUCAUGCCACGAAAUCGGCAGUUAAAAGAAACAGCCUUAAUUCCUCGUCGGAGUCCAAGGAAUUCAUUAAAAGAAGACAAGGAAAACAUUCCUCUGAGAGCCAUAGAGGUUGAAACUAAUGCCAAGGUGGAACUGAAGCCUUCUCCCCUGCACAGCUCUUUGCAUCCUGAGGCCGAGGCCUUACCGGCAGGGACUGACCUCCUGCCCCCAGUCAGUGCUGAUGACGAGCAAGAACUGGCCAGGCCAAAAAGAGUACGCCGGUCUUACAGCCGCCUGGAGAACCCCUUAAGCCACAGUUUCCUGGGGAGGCGACAAGAGUCUCCCAGCUCUGGCCUGUCAGACACUUCCACACCUACCCAUGGCCCAGUCAAGCGGCAAACACUUUUUGGCUUUGAUAAGCUUCUGGUUCCAGGUGAGCUCGCCAACAUCUCUCCUGUGAACACAGCUGUUCCCCAGAAGUCAACAGUGGCAGAACCUGGAGCCAUCAAUGAGAGAGACACAGACAUCCCAGGUAUCUCAUUUGUCAGGGAAAAACGAAGGAAGAAGAAGAUGCCACAAUUUGAUGUAUCACAGCUGGAUGAAUGGGCAGCCCAGAUGAACGCGGAGUUUGAAGAAGCAGAGAGAUUUGACCUCCUUGUGGAAUAAAGGCUCCUCUUUCACUGGAGCGCUGCCUGUCUGCUCCUUGAGUGCUCUUUGUUCACAGAUUUUGGGCUUGUCCUGUGGAGCUCUUCCGGUUCUCCAAACCCAGAAAGCAGUACAUCUCUUUGCUGCCAGGUGGACUUGGUGGCAAAUUGCAAACUGGAUAAUGAUGUUGUACAGGUCCAGCUGCUGGGUGAUGACUUUCCCUUGAGUUCUGACUCUGGCGGAGGCAAGGAUGACAGCUUUUGGCUGCAUCCCAUGUAAUGCUUGCUAAAUAGCCUGUCUUGUGCAUUUGAAACAUCACAUCUGCAUGAUCUGCCUAUGUUCAUUCUGUUUUCAUUCUGUAUUUUAAAAAGGCUGUUUAUCCUUUUCUUCAUAGGUUGGCAGGUAAAUAAUAAUUACUUGGACUAUUCAAAAUGUGCUAAGGUAUCAUUGCACCACCAGAACAUUGCUGUAUUUUUAAAUUCAGUGGGUUUUUCUAAAAAACAUAUAUAUUCUGUGUUGGC